AUGUCUACAAUCAGCGCCGAAUAUACCUCACCGGAGGGUAACAAGACGUUGUCAAUUCCUCUCACAGCCGCUCUUCCUCGAAGCCCCUCAUCAACACAAGAAAAGAUCUCGUACCUCUCUGACCUUCGCUCCUCAGUUCCUAAGCUGCAAGAUGAGGUCAAUGCAUUUCUGACACAGCAAAUGGAAGAGGACAACAAACGGGCUGCUACAGGCGCUGCGGGAAAUAAGCGGAAGAUCGACGAAGCAAAAGAAGAGGAGAAUUACGGAGAAGAGUCUGGCGGCUCUACAACGAGCGCAGAAAUCGAUAAUGAUGCUAAAGAAGGCAAUUACGGAGAAGACACUGUUUACGAGAUGUUGAGUAAACCGCAAUGCUGGAACCUUUGA